GCUACAUCCAAUAUUAUCACUAAUACAUGCAAAUGAGCACGAUGAUCAAGUUGGUUGUAAAUAAACGCUGCUCGAUCACUCACUGAUUAAAACGAACGGUAUGAAGACGGAAACAUCUGGUUUCUUAUGUUCAAAUGCUUCACAGUUCUGACCGGUCCAGCAAGGAAGUAACUUUCGAUUUCGAUGCGUGCGGCUGGCAAAUUUUAGCAUCAUUUAGUUGUUUAAAAUGUGGAUUAAGUGUAGUAUUACGGUCGCAGUUUUACUUAAAAUAGUAUGUUCGACAGAAGAAGAGGAUGAACUUGGUAGCAGUGAUCCAGCCAAUUCAUUCACCGAUCUCUAUGAACGAGGAGUUCAAAGCUACUUGUCGAACGAGUUUGAUGAUUGCGUAUAUUUUCUGGAAUUCGCUCUUGACAAGUACAGGCAUUACUAUGAAACUACGGCUAAUUGUAGAAUUGAAUGCGAUUAUGAGAGCAGAAAUAUUAAAAACAAAGGUGAUUUUCUACAUCAAAACGAUGUGGAGAACUUAAGCUUUUAUGAAUUGAUACUUAAACGAACUCUGUGCCUUACGAAAUGUCGAAAAAGAAACGCAAACUACCUGCCAUUUGAAGGUGAUUUCGAUAACUAUUAUAUGGAUAUAUUUAAAAAUAGGGAAGCAUACUCUUAUCUCCACGUAUGCUACACAAAAACGAACCAAAUGACAUUAGCGGCAUCCGCUGCACUGACCUACAUGGUUAAGCAUCCCGGUGACGAGAUGAUGAAGAAGAAUUUCGAGCUUGCUAUCGAGAAACCGGGUGUCGAUAAGGAGGCAAUUGUGGAUUUAGAAGAGAAGAAAUUCGUUAAGCUGUUCGUCGCUGGUAUAUUGGCAAUCAACGACAAAGAAUGGGAAAAUGUCAUAUCGUUUUUGGAGAGCUCGGUAAUCCAAUUCAUCUACGAUGAAAAUCAGUGCCGGGCGUACUGCGAAGGAGAAUUCGAUCACGGAUUCAUACCAGACUUUGUGUCUGCCAUCGGAAAUCACUUUACAAAUGUAUUAUACUGUAAAAGAAACUGUACUCGAGAGAUGGGUAUGGUGCGAGGAAAGUAUUACUAUAAUCUUUUUGCCGGGCAUUACCAAUAUCUUCAGAUGGCUUAUUAUGAAGCUGGCAAAUUUGAGGAAUCGUAUCGAUCUGGGAUAAGUUUUCUGCUGUUCAACAAAGACGAUGUGGAUAUGUUGAAUAACUUGAAAAUGAUCGAGAAGGAAUCCAAAGGAAGAAUGAAUGAAAAUUUCUUCAAAGUUCGUCGGGAGGCAAACGAAUACUACAACAGGAAUGUAUACGAAGACAAAUUGGCUUCAUUUAUCAAAACCGAAUUCGGAAAGCUUUCUGUAUCGGAAGAAGGUGUCACAGACGAAUUACCCGUUGAUGAACAACUCGAUGAAAUUUUGACGGAAACUGAUGCUGAUGGUGCUGAUGAUGAGAAAAGUGAGAUAAAUCAGAGAACAAUCGAAGAAGACAUGAUUUACCAAACUCCAAGUGCUGGGUAUCAACGUGAAGAGCUUUAAGUGCCGUUUUAAAUGCCAAAGUUAAAUAUAAUUGUAUGUAGGAUAAUGUCAAUGAAUGUUCUCACCUGAUGGUUUAUACUCGUUCGAAUUGUGUUCGGCACUGAUAAAUAAAACAUAGCAAGUAAAUGAGA